GCGGUUUCCAUGGCAGCGCGGCCUAGUCUGGCGCUAAAUCCCCGGGAGUGAGAGCGGAGAGAUACCGGGAUCCCGGCAUUCGUUUUGGAAUUGGGAUCCCCCUUUGUGUGAGUCCGGUCUGUGAGGCGGGCGGCAGGAGGAUGAGCUGUUUCCGGCAGCGAGAGGCGGCGGAAUGAUCCACAGAUACAGCCGGAGGCCGCUCUCCAACACCCCGGAGAUACAAGACCUGUUGCGAUGCAGCAUUGAGAAUCACCCACUGCCAGACAAACUAGAAACAUUUUCAACUCCCUCUUCCAUCACCAGCGUCGAGGACGUGGACUCCACCUGUAGUGGUGAUUCCGAGAUUUCUGAAGACACUAGCAGCCAGCCUUUGCUGGAUGAUUUUGGACACCCUUGGUCUGCUGUAAACAGCUAUGCAGGAACCAGAAUCUCCACUGCCUGCAGCUCUACCUUCUCCUGGGGUGACAAUGAGUUUGAGAAAGCAACCUCACAGCAGGUUCAACAAAUGUUCUGUGAGAUUGAUGAGCUUCUGUUUGAAGAGAAGAAAUGUUCUCGUGUACAGAGGCUGGAGAAGGAGUGUCAGGAAUGGAAAUGCAGCUUCCCCCAUUUUCGAAUUCUGGGGAAACAAAUUGUGGCUCCUGUUGAUGAAGCCUAUUGUUGGUGUCCUGGCCUGGAGCAUGUUACUCUAUUGCCAACUUCCAGCUCAGACCCUGAUGCAGAUAUGAAUGAACUCUGUGUUCUUGGCAAAAAAGUGACCAUUUCGGGACUUCCUCAGUGCAAAGAAGGAGACUUUAUGCAGAAGAUUGCCACCUUUCCUGGGGAAGAAGAUGAAGAGGCAGAGAAUGGUGUGAUUGUCGCAGAAGGUGUUGUUGAAGAGUAUCUGGCAUUUGAUCACAGAGACCUGGAAGAUGACACUUGUGAGAAGAAAUUGGGUCUUGCCUUACAAUAUGAAAAUAGACUGGGGCUGCCUCCAGUCUCUCCAAGUCACUGCAGACGGGAUACAAUCGUAGCAGAGCUGUUUGACGAGGUGUGGCUGGAAGUCCUGGGCUGUAUGGAGGAGCUGAUCCGGAAGCACUGGGAAGAGCAUGUUUCAGAUGAAGAGAAGAGCAUUGCCUCUGAUGAAACUGCAGGAAUCGAACCUAAGAGUUUGUUCUUGCCUCUUGAACCACAGUUAUCGCAAGUUCGAAUGCCAGCUUUCAACUCUUAUUUAACAAAAUCUCAGCGGUUUGAUACAACUGAGUGGCUUGCUCUGCAACUUCAGAGGGCAGUUAAGAGUCAGCCUCGUUGGUGUGGAUCGGGAGUCACAUAUAGGACAGAUGAGGUUCAGCAAGCACACAUUGGGGCAGUACAGAGCAGACCAAAUAGUUUGCAGAUCCAAGGAAUUCCCUUUCAUCAGAGAAACCCUCCACUAGCUGGAAAGAUUCAAACUCAAAAAACAGCUAUAAGCAGUGGCAACUUCUGGAUGGACUGUACCAUGGAUCAAGAUGAGAGGCCUAUUCUGCGACCACGUUCAAGCACCAUCUCUUCAAGCCGUUUUCAUGCAAACCCUCUGCUGGAACACAGUGUUUCCUCUCUGUCCUACCCAGUCCAUUCCGCACGACGACGCAAUCCUCCUCGGACACUCCACCCAAUACAUUCGACUUUAUCCCACUCUGGAACUCCAGUUGGAUCCAUUGAUGAAGUAGUGCGGGGAAUACGGCUACAGACAGCAAGUGAUCGCCUCUCUGCCCCAACUCUACCUCUCAGACACAACGCCCUGCUUCCACCUAUUGGCAGUGCUGAUGUUGAUCAUUCAGCUGGACAGUUAACUGCUCGACCACAGAAAAUGCGAGUGCAUUCAAACCGGGCUCACAGCGCAGUCAUAGAUGAGACAAGCCAUCUGCCUCCAAGAGACAGAUUUCUGGGGCAGGAAUGCUUUACCAGACCCAAAACCUCACACACCUUCCGGUCAGAUAUUUCUUACCACCGGUCCUUCACAGCUCUGGAAUAUGCUCCUCAGUCACACAUCGGCAGGAGAUUUGUGGGGCCAGAUUCCAAUUCUAUUGGAGUGACUGGGAUGAGUUUGAGUAUUUCCAGCUCUUCUCACCUCGAUAUGUUACAACAUCACAGCCACAGUGGGUCACUAAUUGAAGCUGAAGAGAAGAUGGAAGACCAAACAUCGCUGGGUCACCGUUUACCACUCCCCAUCCCACCUCACAUUCGUGGAGGCAUUGGCUCAAGAAGUAGGACUGCAUUAUAGCAAACAAUGGAAGAUUGCUGCAUGGAGGCAAGAGUCUACACCACCCAUCCUUGUGAGUGACCUCUGGACCCAGCCUGUGUGCUAUCCCCAGGAACAUGGCCAGGCCAGGAAGCAGCACAGCAUCUGUCUAACUGAGUAAUAUUUAUUGAGAGGAAAGACUGAUGUAAAAUAUGACCAGCCAUCUCUCUAGGUUGAAGUGCAACCAGAAAGGAAUUUCCAGUCCAUUUGCUGCAAGUACCAAGAAAUAAUGAUUUUAUCAAACUCUGGCCUGCCGGUUCAGUUUAAUUUGAGGUGUUUGAUUCAUCUUCUCCCAUACAAGCCAUUGCUAGCCUGUGGGUUAAUCUCCAAAAAAGCCUUAGCCAGAUGUAGAAGCCUUUCCAUCGCCAGUCACAAUGGCUAGUUAGGUCUUGGCUGUGAGAUGCUGAUUUUCAAAGUGGUUAUUGAGAUUACUUUUUAUCAGGCAGCCCUGAUCUCUGUAUGGUCCUUGAGAGCAUGUUGGAUUGAGGGUCCCAGGAAUGUGUCGGAGUGAGGGGUCCCAGGAAUGUGUCGGAGUGAGGGGUCCCAGGAAUGUGUCGGAGUGAGGGGUCCCAGGAAUGUGUCGGAGUGAGGGGUCCCAGGAAUGUGUCGGAGUGAGGGGUCCCAGGAAUGUGUCGGAGUGAGGGGUCCCAGGAAUGUGUCGGAGUGAGGGGUCCCAGGAAUGUGUCGGAGUGAGGGGUCCCGGGAAUGUGUCGGAGUGAGGGGUCCCAGGAAUGUGUCGGAGUGAGGGGUCCCAGGAAUGUGUCGGAGUGAGGGGUCUUGGGACAUGUUGAGGUGAGGGGUCUUGGGACAUGUUGAGGUGAGGGGUCCUGGUAAUGUAUUGUAAUGUGGGGUUCUGAGAACGUGUUGGAGUGAAGGAUGUUGGGAACGUCUUGAAGUGAGAUGCUGGAAAUGUUUUUUGGAGUCAGGAGCUCCUAAAUGGCAUAGCACGGUAAUUUUUUUUCUGAUCUUCAGCUUUUUCUGGGCCAUUGACUAAUCACCAUCCAGCAUGAAGAGGGUAGCUGGACCUUUGUCCUUGCCACUUGAAAGCUGACAGCUGGCGAGUUGCUGAAAGCAAUCUAAGCUGGUAUCUUCACCCUGAACAUGCUGAGAUGGUUCCUAGCAUCCUCCCAGGGCAGCAGCGUUGAGCCUCGGAGCUGUGCAAAGGGAAUAAAUUAAUUGGUAGCUUAAAAGGAGGGAUAUUUGUAUGAAUAGAGGAUGAACAAUACCGACUGUUCCUGAAAUGGUAGGUCAGAAACCUGCUGCAAGGACAACCUACAACACUGAACAAAACAGAAGGGAACACAUUCUGACCGUUUCUCACUCUUGGAGUUGGCGUUUAGAAGAAGUUGUCCAAAUUCUCAGUUGUGAACCUUAAAUCACAGAGAAUGAGAAUCCUGAUCUUUCAGUGUGGCCCUUGUGAACACAUAACCCACUCCUCCACAACCUCUCACUGUCUUUCUCCUCACACCCUCCCAACCAUCAAGGGGAAAAGAAAUGUAAGGUUGCUUGAGAAUGGUUCAUUGGCGGAGACCGAGGGUGAAGUUUUGCGUCAGCAAAGCCUAAUGCACACUGAUUUUAAGAAGUACAAAGAAAUUUUAUUUUAGCUCCCUGAGUGGAGCAGCUUCCUACAGUUUGGAACCUACAGGAAACACCCACUUCAGUUUAAUCAAAGCGCAAGAAUCCAUUUGACUGGAGCCUUGUGAGUGAGCUAAUUGUGAAUGUAACAAUAAUGUCAAUUGAUGGACCAAGAGCUAAGUGAAGAUGAGGGCGAAGCGUUCCUGUAUUCAGCCCUUUCCUGCUUUUGGGAUUUAGAGCUCAGAGCUGUCGGUUUGAACAAAUUUAUAGUGAGUAGGACAAUAAAAUGGAUAAUUGAUCAGGAUUCUGCAGACAGGUCAGACCCCAGCAUGUGAUUUUAUGCACCCAAUAUCAGACUCACAGUUUCAUACUUUAGAGAGUCUAGUGCUAUAAGUCCCCAGUCCCCUGUUAUUGCAGCAACAUUACAUGAGAAGACAAAUAACUGCAUUAAAGCUCCUAAAGGCAACAUUGCUGGUCAGCUACAUCGAGAGAGAGAGAGAGAUUUCACAAAAGGUGAGUGAUGAUCAGCUCACCAAUGCGAAAGGGCGAAUUCACUUCAAUGGCCAAUAAACCUCCCUGUACUGAUCUGACCAGCUUGAUUUAAAGUAUUUGAACAGACAUCCUCCACACAUUCUAGGAUUGGAUCAGUAUACUUAUGUUCUUUUUAAGCUGCUGUUAUGUUAAAUGGGGACAUGAUCCUGUUUGGCUCUUUAGGCUUAACUCCAUAUACCCACCUUUGCCCCAUAUCUGUUAAUAUACCUGGUUAAAAUUAACAAUUGACCUAAUAUAAUUUGUAGUUUUCAGAAGAGAGUUCCAAACUUUUACCGCACUUUAAGUGUAGAAGUAUUUCCUAGUUUCACACCUGAAGGUCUGGCUGUAAGUUUAGACCUUUCUCCCUAGUCCUAGACGCCACAACUAGUGGAAAUGGUUUUUCUACAUUAAUCUCUUCCCCGUAAUAUCUUGAAGACUUAGAUCAAAUCACUCCUUAACCUUCUACAUUCCAUAGAAUAGAACCGCACUUCGUGGAAUCUCUCCCCAUAAUUUAACCUUUGGAAUCCAGGUUUCAUUCUGUUAAAUCUACACUGCACUCCCUGCAAGGCCAGAACUUCCUUCCUAAGGUGUUGUGCACAGAACUGCUCACUCCAGAUGUGAACUAACCAGGGCUUUUUUUUUUUUAAGGUGUUAAUGGAUCUCUGCUUUGUUUAAAUACUGGAUAACUUUGGCAAAAUAAACCCUCAAAGUUUUCAUUGUGAAGCAUUAGAAUGUAGACUUACUGCUGCAGAAUAAUGCUCAAUUCUUAUUCUAAUACAUUCAAAAUAAAAGCAUUUCUGACAAAUCUUCAUAUUAACAGCAAUUCCCUUUGAUUCCUGCUGAUAUCAUACUCACGCUUCAAUCCAACCCACUUACCCUCCAUCACUUUCCAUUAAAUUUUAGCCUGUUUGUUAGUGUCUGCUUCCCUGUCCUCUUAUGGUUUGAGAGACAAAACAGCUAUGAGCUUUACAUUUCCUGCACUUGAGUCCAUUAAGUGGCAGUCCAGGUCAGCUAGUGGCCUUCACACUUCUUUAUACCGUGACAUUUCUCCUCUGCGUUCUCACCAGGGAUAAAAGUUGCUUGAGGCUCCUAUUGAUUUCUCAUCAACUUCAACCAAAUCAGCCUGAGAUCUAAAGAUAAAAGCAAACUACUGUGGCUGCUGGAAAUCUGAAAUCAAAACAGAAAACGUAGGAAAAACUCAGCAGGUCUGGCAGCAUCUGUGGAGAGAGAAGCAGAGUUAACAGUUCAAGUCUAUAUGGCACUAAUUCAGAUCAUAAGGACUCGAAACGUUAACUCUCUUUUUCUCUCUCUCCACAGAUGCUGCCAGACCUGCUGAGAUUUUUCAGCAUUUUCUGUUUAUAUUUCAGCCUGAGAUCUAGUUACACUACCCCUGAUUUCCAACCUCGGAGGCAAAUUGGACUCUGGUUGAAGCUGAAAACCUGCUCUCUGGAUUCUCCCCGCCUUCGGAUAAUGCACAGUGCCCAAAGGUGAUCUGUACCAGGUCCAUGUUAGAUCGACCUCCACCUCCAGAUCCCCACCCUUCCAAAUCCACUGCUCCCUCUCCACCCCAUUCCCUGCACACCUCCACCCCUCUCCCUCACCACCCUACUUCCUCCACCCAUUCUUCUCCACCCCUCCUCCUCCAGCCCUCCCACUCUACCCCCCUUUCUUCACCCUUCCUUCUCUAUCCCUCUUUCUCCGAGCUCUCCCACUCUAUCCCUCCUUCUCCCACCUCUCCUCCUCCACCCCUUCUUCCAGCCCUCCCCCUCUAACUCAACAUCAGCUGCCCAGCAGAGUGCUACAUGUUUGUUUGUCCACCAGUUGUUCUGCAGUAACAAAAACAAAAAUU